CUAAGUAGUGUCAGCAGACACAUUUUUGAAGUCACUCAGCUCUCAGUCGCUUCCUUUAUACUUCAGGAAUCGGCAAGUCAUCAUGUCUCCCUCUGACACCGAUGAGAUUUCUGCCCUCCUCCACGCUUACGGCAACGCUCUGAAAAGCCGAAACGUGGACGAAGCAGUCGCUCUUUACACGGAAGACGGGGUCAUCAUGCCGCCGCACUUCUCGGCCAGUACAGGCACUGAGGCUCUACGCGAUUCAUACACACGCAUUUUUGCAACCAUUCAGCUCGUUAUCACCUUUCAAAUUGAAGAGAUCGUUGUUAUGUCUCCGGAGUGGGCUUUUGCCAGGACAACGGCUGAAGGAACGAAAACGAUACUUGCCACCCAGGAGUCUGAGCCACAUGCGAAUCAGGAAUUGUUCAUCUUGAAGAGGGAGCAUGGGAAGUGGCUGAUCGCUAGAUAUGCCUUUUCUAGCAUGAAGCCGUUGGUGCAGAAUGGCAUUCGACGAAGUUAGGAUUCUGGGUUAGCUGUUGAUGUGUCGGAUAUGGAUGAUGAUACUUUUGAUGGGCUUGUUAAAUUAUAGCUUUGCAACGACAAAAAAGUGAAGGAAAGUAAACACGCGUUUACAAGAGAGAGCGGUUCCUUGUGAUUUUCGGUCAGUACUUCUAUGUUCGGGGCAGCAAUGAUAAUCUGAC